AUGUUAGUUAAGUUAGUUAAUACCGAGCUACGCUUAUUAAUCACUCCGCGCUCAAAGACCCUUCGGAGUUCAAGCGCACAGUCUCCAACUCCGAGCCCGAUAUCAGGUCUAUUCAAGCAUCGCAUCUCUCUUUUCCCUCACUUUGAGCAAUAUCGGAGUAAAACCAGGCAAAAAAUUGAAAUCGUGAAGUUGAAGCGUAGCACUGAUUUAAAAGAAAUGUCAACGACCAAAAGGCGUAAUGGCCAACUAUCAUCGUGCGAGCCUUGUCGCAAGGCCAAAUUACGUUGUGACCAUGCAACCCCCAUCUGUGGUCGAUGCACUCAGAGAGGUCAACAGAGUACAUGUAUAUACCACCCGGCGCCUAUGACACAGCCUCGACUGGCCAUCAAAAAGUCAGAACUUAAGAAGAAAAGGAAGCGAGAACCGUCCCUGUUGACGGAGAGGGGGAUAACAUCGACCAAUUUUCUGCAGAGAUAUCGUAUUCCUGCUGUAGAUUCUCAACAUGAACAACAUCAGCAUCAACCUCAAAAUCAGGCAAUAAAGGAGACCGAUCAAAGCGAGGUUGUUGCUGGCGUACCUGACGAGACAACGAUAAAGCUCAGGAAAUCAGUGUUUUCGACCGGAUUCUUGGGUCCUUCUAGUUUCUGGGCGGCGUUUGACGAACCUACUGAGAGUAGUAGUAAUCGUGGAGCAUCAGGGACUGAAUCGUCACAGACAUAUUCGACUCCAGCGCAUUCUUCAUCACGAUACACCGAGUCACCACCCGGCAUCGAAACAAUGGCCGUCGUGGACUCCGAAUCCGAAUCCGCAAUCGCAGACGCAGACCAAAUCGAAUGCGGAGCCAGAAUCCUCGUCUUACUCGAGGAUCUCCUGCUCUACCAAAAACUAAUCCAGCACCGAUUCACAAUCAUGGAACCCUGGGUCUUCGGUCAAAAGCUCGUAAACGAAGCACUCGCCGGAGUCUACUCACUACGUCAAGAAUGGCGCCACGGAAGCAGCAAACUCUCCCAAACAAAACUCCUAAUCUGGUCUGAACGACUGUUUGAAAAUAGCGCAAAACCUAUUACUACGCAUGCAUCCAUGACGAUUACUGAAUACUUUAGGUCGAUUGCCGCAAGAUGGGAAUCGAUUGGAUUGGUGUUUUCGUGGGUGGGCGUUGCGGCGCUCAUGAUUCCGGAUGAUCAUGAAGUGCUUCGGGCGGAGGACGGGUCGAUUAUCGAUGUGCAAAAGUUGAUAAAGCUUGCUGUUGAGGUUACAGAGAUUUGUCUGGGGUUUUGUGAUAGUGUGGGGACGUUGAGUGAUCCUUUGGUUUGGUUUCUGUUGCAGCAGACUAUAUUACUUGGUGAAGUACAUGGAGAUAGCGACUACCGAACCUGGCGAAAACUGGGAGAUCUAUCAACAAUAGUCUUUGCUCUGGGCUUACACCGUCCCAAACCCGACCCGUCUGUCCCUUUAUUUCUGCUUGAGAUUCGUAAACGUGCAAUGUCAGCCGGGUUUGCACUGGAUAAGCAAUUGGCUACUCUACUCGGACGGCCUCCACGAAUCGCAUGGGGAUAUUGUGAUAUACAGUACCCGUUAGAUCUGUCGUACGAGACAAUCUGCCAAAUAUCCGAGGGAAAAGAUGAUCUCUCUCGACACAUUGGUGCCGACGGCUGGAAUCUAGACGAUACAGUCACUUCGGGCACUCGUGGAAGAGUCAAUAUCAUGCUUGCUAUCAUCCGAGAAAAGGUUCUAGCCUUAUCACUUUCACCACAUUCUGACGAUUUAGAACAGCGAGUUUCAGCAACAUGCGCCGAACACGACCACCUCCGCCAAUCCCUUCCAUCAAAACUCGAAUGGCGCCCAAACUUCCAUCACAGCAACCAGGACACAAAUUGCAAUUUCCUCGAAAUCAUCAAUCUCGAAUUCCUCCAUAAUGACUUUAUACUCUAUUCCGUACAGAUCAGACGCAUGCCCGAACGAAAGGAUAAAUUGAUACAGGCCGCGCGGAAAAUGUUGAGUACGUUGCUAUCGUUAGUUUCGUCGAGGACACCGGCGUCAUCGAGUAGUUUUCGAUCUUCUUGGGAUCUAUGCUACAUUGGCCUCCCAUGCGCCGGAGUUCUAGCGCAAGAGCUCCUCCAACGCUCUCAACGCAAACAACAUCGUCUCCAGCCCAUCGCGCAACCAAACACAACACCCUUUCCCAGGUCCGAAAUCAUUCAAAAUCUAAGCGUAUUCGCUUCUUUAUUGGAGACAGCACUAAAUAUUCGAUAUGGGAAUUAUGGGAUUGCUAGGAGGGGGUUAGAUGCUAUUAGGAAUAUUUUGGAUCGAGUUUUAUCGUCGGAUGAGUAUGAUGAGCAGCAGCAGCAAGAAUCUGUUCCCGGAUAUGGGAAUGGAGAGAAACGAGCUAUUCAGGAUGGGAAGGAGGAGAAGCAGACUGUGCAGUUUGCUUAUCCUUCGCACUCGACGGGGCAAAUGAUGCUUCCCCCGUCUAUUCCACCACAUCAACAAGAACAAGCGAUAAUCAUACAAGAACCAUCAAUCACAUCAUAUACCCCGACACCAGAAGGACCAGGCCAUCAUCCCACACUUCCAACACCCGCAGCUGUAUCCAUCACUGGCCCUGGAGUUGAUGCCUACCAACCAGACGACAACAUCCUACCGCUAGACUUUAUGCAAUGGCUAGACAGUUUUGAUUGGGCUCAGGAAUCGUUGUUGAAUUAUAGCUAG